AAUGCUGGUUUUUCUCCGAGGCUUCAGAGAACAACAUCACUGGCUCUUUUAAAAGAGAACAGGUUUGACUUUCAGGUGUACUGAACCCAAAACACCAGCAUGUUAAAUUGCCUUUUGGACUGAGUGACGGCAGUGAAUGGUGAAAGGCAAAAGAGAUGGAAGUACUGCAGGGCUUCUCUUAACUCCCUCAGUCUUGAAAUUUCAGUAUACAUGCCACCUGCUGUUAGCACAUCCCAAUGCUAUGCUCAGAUCAACUCAAAUCGCUCGACCCUACCCAUGGAUGCAUCCACUGAUGGUAAUUAAACGCUGUCUUUUCUUCCUUUUCUUUCUGUGUUUUUUUGUCAUCAGUCUAAUACUUUAGCAUUUUUAAUAGUUGCAUCAUCUGUGACUUCAAUUGCCGUUAAUCUUCAAGGUUACCCCUCCCCUUUCUGUAACUGCAGACUAGUAGACUGCUAACCUGUAUUUUUGCCUUUAAAGUGUUUCUGGGAUUUGUACAGGCGUGCAAACAUUGCUCAGUUCCAUUUUAGGAGUGAAGAGAAGUACAGGAGGGUCUCACACUUUGCCAACAUCCCCUGGCAUACGUGGGAGCGGGUCUGUGGAACUCAGGUGCCUCUCUGAGCUGACAGCUCUGACUGACUGACUGCCUUUCGUUUGAGGAGAAGACGUGUUGCAGUACCAACAGCGGGAGGGAGUGACGAGGGGAGCAGUUCAUAGCAGAGGACGGAGGCUCCGGCCAGGGGCAGCACCCGCCCCACUGCGCUUUCUCAGGGCGGCCACCGUCUGCGGCGGAACACGGCACACGGGGAGGCUGUUUCCCAGCCGGCGGGGAAAGCUAAGGAAGAAGCAAUGCGAGACCGCCGCCCUGAGGAAAUCAUUUAUAUGUACCAUGCAGAGGAAAAUGAAAGCAUGUGAAAUAUCUGGUGCUUUAUGUAGAAGGAGUUUGAACAGCAAGACAGAUCUUCUAGCAAUGCGCACUAAUGAUCUGACAUCUGCGUUUCACAGAAUCACUGAACUGUGAGGACUGGAAGGGACCUCUAGAGAGCAUUAAGUCCAACCCCUUGCAAAGCACGCCCCCUACAGCAGGCUGCACAGGUUGAUAAAGAUGCAUUGGAUGCCCAGGUUAAGGAUAGGAAAAUUCAAGAAGCAGCUGAAAAAGCACGAAAUGAAGAACUUGCGAAUGAAAUGAAGAAAAAUGACAAGUUGAUGUGUAUGUUAGAAGAACGACAGAAACGCAACAUCAGAAACUUGAACAAGGCUGUCAGUGACUUUCAGAAGAAUUUUCAGCAGCCAGAAACGAGACGUGAAUUUGAUCUGUCUGAUCCCCAGGCUCUAAAGAAGGAUAGACCUGCUCGGCUUUCAGACAAUGAUCCUCGAUGCACUGUAUCUGGCUUGCAGAAGUUUAUGGGUGAAGACUUAAACUACGCUCAGAGGACAAAAUUUCAAAAGGAGCAGUUAAGAGAGUGGUCUCUUCAGCAACAGAGAGAUUACAAGAAUGCAUUAGCUGAUAAAAAAUUUUUAGAUGAUCUUCAUGACAAGAAUAGGAUUGAACUGGACCAAAAGAUAAUGGAACAACAACGAAUAGAAGAAGAAACCAGACGUGCUGUUUGUGCAGCUGUCAAAGACUUUAACAAAAGCCAGGCUGCUGAACUAGCUGAAAGAAAGAGGCUGGAUAAAUGUCAAAAAAUGAAAGAUGAUAUGGAUGAGAUUUCCAGCCAGCUUCAAGGAAACUUACUUUCUGAAAAUCCUGAUCAAGCUAUCAGUUCCUUUGGUACACAUCGUGUGAUCACAGAUCGGUGGAAGGGAAUGAAUCAGGAUCAGCUGAUGGCAAUCCGCUCCUUUCAACAGCAACAAGUUCUGGAGAAGCUGAGAUUAAAAGAGGAGGAGCGCCAAAGAGAUGCUGAAUGGGACAGGCAAAGCAUGCAGGCUGCAAGAGCACAGUUAAUUUUAGAGCGGCAUCAAGCACGACAGAAUCGGGAAUGCCGCCAAGCUCUAGAUAGCAUAAAUGCACAACUAUCCCAGGAGCAGAAAUCAAAGAACAUUUAUCUUAAAGAAGAAGAAUAUUCAAAUUGUCCAACAAGUCAGUAUUUUGCACAAUUCAAUACAACCAGUCGAUGACAUUCCAGAUGCAUCAACGCAGAAAAUUAAAGCAGUUUUUAAUUGAGCUGUCCCAUUUUUUAAUGCUGAUUCCUACUGUUAUUUUUAUGUUUAAAUUGUGCUGUCCGAACAGUACACUUGAAAUAGAGGACUGUCUGUUAGGUUCUAUCUGUGCUGAGAGAAACAUUUUAAUCAUUUUUGAAUUGUUUCUAAAAUUGCUAGUUGAUUUUGUAGUUAGAUUGUUUGACAGUUGUGUCUCAGGCUUAACUGUAAUACUGGUGUUAUACAAGUCAUUAGAAAUUAAUUUCUAGAAUGUGGUCACAGUUUAAAAUAGAACGCUACUUGUUGCAGCUUGGUCAGAGAGAAUGAUACCUAAGUAGAUCACAUGCAGCACAAGUAGUAAUCUCUUACUUAGCAGGCUUAUGGGAAGAAAGAAAAGUAACGUAGACAGAAAGUUGUGAGUUUUUUGUUUGUUUGGCUGAUUUGAUUGUUUUUAAAUGGGGGAAAAAAAAAAAAAGUAGACAAAGAUGAUUAUCCUAUUUAUCCUGAAUUGUAGAAAGAAUAAUAGAUUACGUAGGUUGCUCUGAAAGUGACAACUCCUGUUUAUUUCCAUGAGAAGUAAAACAGAUGCAAACAGCACAAUAACACUCCUUUGAGAGAGCACAUUCUCAGCUGCAAAACACUAUUUUUCAACAUAGCCACCACCAUUAGCUGUGCAUUUUCAUUAGUGAUGAACAAGAGCACCAACAGAGGUGACCCACUGUUUCACAGCUGCUAUGAUGGCAUCAUUGCUAGGAAAAUGUUGUCCAUGCAGUUCAUCUUUCACUGGCCCAAACAGAUGGAAGUCAGAAGGCAACAAAUCUAUAGGCUAUUUGGUAGGUGUGGAAGGAUAGUCCAGCGAAGAUUGGCAGUGUGCUCCACAGUCUUCAAACUGGUGUGGGGCCUGGUGUUACCGCGUUGCAAGAGAAAGAUUGUCUUCUCCGGCCUGAUUCUGGAAGUAAAAGCCUUUAGCUUGGGCAGUGUCGUGAUGUAGCAGUCAAAGGUGAUGAUUUGUCCAGUUUCUAGGAAAUCCAGGAGAAUCAUUCCUUUCCUAUCCCAGCAGACCAUGCACAUCACUUUACCCAUUGAGAACUGCAUCUUAGACUUUUCCUUAUGUGUGGAAUUAACAUGUAUACCACCCCCUGGUUUGCCGUUUUGGCUCUGGCUUGUAGUGGUGAUGCUACAUCUCGUCACCAGUAAUGAUAUUUGCAGUUUGCGUGGAUGAGCUGAUUGAGGCACUCUUCAUUUCAAGGUGUGACAGCUGAGCAUGGCCAUCUAGAAUGUGGCCUGUCUUUCAUGCUGCUGUUGCCACUGCCAAAAUGCACCACCCACACCUGCACUGUGCUCACAAUUUCUGCAUGGAGGAAUUCAAUGACAGGCCUUUGUUUCAUAUGCACUUUCAUGUUGGAGGUUAAUUUGUCAGAUAGCCCCUCUGCUGCCAUCUGUUGCACAGCAACAAAAUGUAAUGGAAUGUUGGUGGGAAGGUUCUUUACUGCCUUUAUUGCCAAACCAUCACCGUUUGCUUUGGAUGUAAUGGGCCAGUGUAAAUAAAACAAGAAGUGUAACUUUUGGAGCAGCCCUUGUAUAUAUUUACCGAGGCAAUUAUAACAGUCAAGCAUGAUACAGAAAUUGAAUGUGUGUUAUAGUAAGUGGGCAAAAGAAUGGGAGAAAAUAUUCCUACAUGCACCAUCACUCAUUAAAAAUAAUGGAAAAAAACUUCAAGAGAGCGUACUUGAAGAAGGUAGGGGUAGCUUAAAGAUGUGAUGAAAGCAGGGAGAAACAGGCAGGCGCCAUACAAAACCAAGGAGAAAAAUCUCAGUGUAUUGCAGGGUAAUAGUUAACUGUUUUCCAUCCCUGUGAUUAAGAAUUGACUUAGCAAGUGAAGAGCCAGUCAGGAGUCCCCAUUUUAAAAAUGGGGAACUUAAACACGUGGGAAAAAAAUACGUAGAAGCUAGGUAAGUAGCUACAUAAGAUGGAUAUGGAGAUACUGAAAAAUGAAAUCUAUUAGGGAAAGGGAUUACAUACAAAGGACUGGAAAGAGUUUUAGAAGAUUUAAAAGGUCUAAAGCAGAAGAGAUGUGCAUCUGAAUAUUUGGUCAUAUUCAAUUCUAAGAUCUCUGUAAGAUGGCACACUAAGUAAAAACAGGCUGUGAGAGUAAGUGCGGUUUGCCCUAGGUUCUAUGAUGUGAACUUGCAGGUAAAAGCAUCCUAAUGAUGUUGACAUGGAGUCCACUGGUGUUUGUAUUGAGGUAAGUGGUAGCUGAAUUCUGGUGAAACAGGUUGAAGAUGAUUUCCACCAACCUAACUAGGGAAAAUGUUAAACUUAGAGAUAAACUUAAGUGAACUAUUACUAUCUUGAUGAAAAUAAUGAAAGAUACACAGGUUUUAAGGUAGAUAUUAGACGGAUUUUGAGGUGCUUGAAGGAAACACUCCUUGAAAGGGACUCAGGCCAGUUUUCUGUGCUGAAGUCGUGAUCCCAUAGGAUCAGGCUGGCAUUAUUAUGUACCGUGUUGAACCAGGUAGUAACAACAACAGUUUGAUAAAGUCUGUAACAUUUAAUACUUCUAGAUAGGAAAGUAAAAGAAACUCAUCUAAUUACAACAUGACAAUGGGAACUGAAUAACCCACAGCAAGAAUAAAGCCCCUGUGUUAAUGAAUUAAAACUGCCUCUACUCAAUUACAAUAUAGGUAGAAACCAGCUGGGAAAGGAGUGUGGCUGGGAAACAUGAACUGAAAAAUGUGCCGUUCAGAAAAGUUGGUAGAUAAAUCUGAAAGGGAGGCAUACUGCAUCAUUAGGGAUGAGAUGAACUAAAAAGAAGGAUCGCUUUUCAAGAGAUGCUAAUGUGUUAACAUUGGGAAAUUCUUUGAAUUGUCAGGCUGGGAUUCAGACAUGGCUUAUCUUUAUAUUAUUGUGACGUACUAUGUUGUUUUAAGCUGUCAAGCUCACCAAGUUGCCUUAAAAGAAAAAGGCCACCAAGAGAAAUGGGAGGACAGAAAAAUAGGCUUUAUUUAGCUGAAGGUAUUCUUGAUUUAUAUUGAAUAUCU